CACUUAAAUUUGUACGACGACAAAUUUUAGCCAUAUGGAUUGUUUUGGGGAAUGGGAUUUUUGCAGCUCCAUUUUAUCACUGGAAGAGCUUGAUUUUGCGCCAUUUAAUAAUAGUCCUCCCGCCGGGGCCGAUGCUUGGUUUUGUUCUUUGGAUUACGCCAAUAAUUUUGUGGAUCAAAUUCCUUGUUGUAUUGCUGCUGAUGAUCACUCCAUAGCCAGUGGUGGCAUUGCCAUGGAAGAGAUGAAGAAUAUGGAGUCCAUUUUAGUGCAAGAGAUGACUGGUUUUUGUGGCCAUGAUGAACAUAGCAUUCUCCCAAAUCAACUGUUGCACCAAAAAAGGAAAUCAAAUCUCCCUGCUGAUGAUGAUCACAACAAUCUCCACGUCCCCAAAAAGAAGAUUCGAACUUCAAACAAUGUACAGAAAACUAGGAAGCCAAAUGUGAAGACGAUGCAGAAGUUGGGGAGUCGCGGGCGGAAAUGCGAAGAAGAAGAGGAAAAUGGAGUGUCUGAUCAUAUGAACAGUUACAGCAGUGAAAACUCAUCAGAGGAUGAAAAUGCUUCACAGGAAUUAACUAAUGGAGGCCAUGAUCGGGCCGAGGCCGAGCCCCCAAAAGCCAAGACCAGAGCCUCUAGAGGCUCGGCAACUGAUCCACAGAGUCUUUACGCAAGGAAGAGAAGGGAGAGGAUCAACGAGCGGCUCAGAAUCCUGCAGAAACUUGUCCCAAAUGGAACAAAGGUUGACAUUAGCACAAUGCUUGAGGAAGCAGUUCAUUAUGUGAAAUUUCUGCAGCUCCAAAUAAAGCUUUUGAGCUCUGAUGAGUUGUGGAUGUAUGCUCCAAUCGCUUACAAUGGGAUGGAUAUUGGUCUCCAGCAGAGGCUUUCUUCAUUUUUAUGACGAAACUAAAAUUACCCUUUUUUUUUCUU